GAUUGGUUUGUCAUUGACCAACCAAAUUACUAACUCUACAAAAUACAGGAAUCGCAUGUUGAAGCAAAUCAACGUUGUUGUAUUUUUGAACUGUAAUGAUUUCAGUAUGAUUGUAGUAUAACAUAAUCAUUGUUACGUAACCGAGACAGAUUUGCCUGCUAAAUGCAACGUUAGCUUGGAAUAAAUCCUAUAAAUAAUGUGAUUUUUUGUUGUUGUUGUAACUAGCUAAUGUUAUACGCAAAUAUUUAUGCAUUUUCAACAGGCUUCCGUUCUUUAUGUGAACAUUUAACUUGUUAGCUAAGCUAACUAGCUAGUCAACUAUCCAGCUAGCUAGUUACCUAAUGUAGUACCUGUGCCUUGUCUCAAAGCUAGCUAACGUUAGCUGUGUAGCUAGCAACAGUAAAGCUAGCGAACAACAAAGAAAACAAAGCACACACUUCAAGAUGUCCUUCAACAAAUCUAACGUUAUAGCUAGAAUUUGUAUUCAUUUGCUGCAUGAUGUACCAUGUAGCCCAUGUUGUUAAUUUCAAGAAAUAUUGUCCAAAUCAAAUUUUAUUGGUCACAUACAAAUAUUUAGCAGAUGUUAUUGCGGUUGUAGCGAAAUGUUUGUACUCGAACUGAGUGAUAUCCGAUGAUGUACCCGCCUCAGCUGAAUCUUUAAAUCAGGCUACAAUCCUGGGGAACAAGAACCGGAAAACACAUGGACGCUUGUGUUCCACAUGUCUGCUGAAAUGGAAGGACUGUGACUAACUGAUCAUGGAGUACACCACCUCAACAGGGGAGCAGAUAGUCGUGCAGACGUCCAAUGGACAGAUCCAACAACAGGUCCAAGGCCAGCCCCUGGUGGUGCAGGUGAGCGGAGGGCAGCUGAUCACAUCGUCAGGGCAACCAAUCAUGGUGCAGGCUAUGGGGGGAGGACAGGGACAGACCAUCAUGCAGGUGCCUGUGUCUGGAGGACAGGGACUACAACAGAUCCAGCUACAGGGUGGACAGCAGAUCCAGCUGCAGAACGGUCAGACGAUCCAUCUAGGUGGACAACAGAUCCAGCUGCAGAACGGACAGAUGUUACAGCUAGGGGGACAGCAGGGUCAACCCCAACAGAUCAUCAUCCAACAGCCACAACAAGCCAUCACAGCCGGACAGAACCAGGGCCAGCAGAUUCAAUUGCAACAGGGCCAGCAGAUUCAAUUGCAACAGGGCCAGCAGAUUCAAUUGCAACAGGGCCAGCAGAUUCAGUUGCAACAGGGCCAGCAGCUGGCGCAGACGGCUGAUGGACAGACCAUCGUCUACCAGCCAGUCAACGCAGAUGGCACCGUCCUGCAACAGGGAAUGAUCACCAUCCCAGCAGGCAGCCUGGCGGGGGCCCAGAUGGUACAGACAGGGGGUGCCAACACCACCACUACCAACAGUGGACAGCAGGGUACUGUAACCGUCACCCUGCCAGUCUCAGGCAACAUGAUGAACGCUGGUGGCAUGGUCAUGAUGAUGCCUAGUGGAGGUGCGGUGCCUGCUAUGCAGCGUAUCCCUCUACCCGGGGCUGAGAUGUUAGAGGAGGAACCUCUGUACGUCAACGCUAAACAGUACCAUCGCAUCCUGAAGAGAAGACAGGCCCGAGCCAAGCUAGAGGCUGAGGGCAAGAUCCCCAAGGAGAGGAGGAAAUAUCUGCAUGAGUCCCGUCACCGCCACGCCAUGCAGCGCAAGAGGGGAGACGGAGGACGCUUCUUCUCUCCCAAGGAGAGGGAGGAGAUGGCCCUGGCUCUGGCCCAGCAACAGGCAGAGCUGGCCGCCCAGGCAGGAGAAGACUCUGUAGCUCAGAUGGUCCGUGUUUCAUAGCAUUCGACACCCCAACAAUGUCUUCCUCCGUAUAUACACCUCCCGCUAGGCUUGGCCGAUAAACCGUGUACCGAGGUGUUUCCAAAUACCGACAGUAUGAUUUUCAAUACCGUUUAAAAAUAUAUAUAUAUAAUAAUAUUUUUGUUUUGGGGGGUGCAUGCUACAGCACUGCUUAGAAAUCUCAAAUGUGUCAAAUAAAUGAUAUCCUGUUCAGGGCUCCAGCUAUGCAUUUGGUUUGCUAACUUGCUCGCUAAGUGGCUAGAUGUCAAGAUCAAGCUUCUUGGUUACUGCAAAGACAGUCAAUCCCAUCCAGGAUCAAGAACCCUCAACCCUCUUGCCUAAAUUGUUUAUUACGUAAUUAUAUAUAUAUAUAUAUACAGUGGGGCAAAAACGUAUUUAGUCAGCUACCAAUUGUGCAAGUUCUCCCACUUAAAAAGAUGAGAGGCCUGUAAUUGUCAUCAGGGGUACACUUCAACUAUGACAGACAAAAUGAGAAAAAAAAUCCAGAAAAUCACAUUGUAGGAUUUUUAAUGAAUUUAUUUGCAAAUUAUGGUGGAAAAUAAGUAUUUGGUCAAUAACAAAAGUUUAUCUCAAUACUUUGUUAUAUACCCUUUGUUGGCAAUGACAGAGAUCAAAUGUUUUCUGUAAGUUUUCACACACUGUUGCUGGUAUUUUGGCCCAUUCCUCCAUGCAGAUCUCCUCUAGAGCAGUGAUGUUUUGGGGCUGUUGCUGGGCAACACGGACUUUCAACUCCCUCCAAAGAUUUUCUAUGGGGUUGAGAUCUGGAGACUGGCUAGGCCACUCCAGGACCUUGAAAUGCUUCUUACGAAGCCACUCCUUCAUUGCCCGGGCGGUGUGUUUGGGAUCAUUGUCAUGCUGAAAGACCCAGCCACGUUUCAUCUUCAAUGCCCUUGCUGAUGUAAGGAGGUUUUCACUCAAAAUCUCACAAUACAUGGCCCCAUUCAUUCUUUCCUUUACACGGAUCAGUCGUCCUGGUCCCUUUGCAGAAAAACAGCCCCAAAGCAUGAUGUUUCCACCCCCAUGCUUCACAGUAGGUAUGGUGUCCAAUUUGUAAGUCGCUCUGGAUAAGAGCGUCUGCUAAAUGACUUAAAUGUAAAUGUAAAUGUGUUCUUUGGAUGCAACUCAGCAUUCUUUGUCCUCCAAACACGACGAGUUGAGUUUUUACCAAAAAGUUCUAUUUUGGUUUCAUCUGACCAUAUGACAUUCUCCCAAUCUUCUUCUGGAUCAUGCAAAUGCUCUCUAGCAAACUUCAGACGGGCCUGGACAUGUACUGGCUUAAGCAGGGGGACACGUCUGGCACUGCAGGAUUUGAGUCCCUGGCGGCGUAGUGUGUUACUGAGGGUAGGCUUUGUUACUUUGGUCCCAGCUCUCUGCAGGUCAUUCACUAGGUCCCCCCGUGUGGUUCUGGGAUUUUUGCUCACCGUUUUUGUGAUCAUUUUGACCCCACGGGGUGAGAUCUUGCGUGGAGCCCCAGAUUGAAGGAGAUUAUCAGUGGUCUUGUAUGUCUUCCAUUUCCUAAUAAUUGCUCCCACAGUUGAUUUCUUCAAACCAAGCUGCUUACCUAUUGCAGAUUCAGUCUUCCCAUCCUGGUGCAGGUCUACAAUUUUGUUUCUGGUGUCCUUUUGACAGCUCUUUGGUCUUGGCCAUAGUGGAGUUUGGAGUGUGACUGUUUGAGGUUGUGGACAGGUGUCUUUUAUACUGAUAACAAGUUCAAACAGGUGCCAUUAAUACAGGUAACGAGUGGAGGACAGAGGAGCCUCUUAAAGAAGAAGUUACAGGCCUGUGAGAGCCAGAAAUUUUGCUUGUUUGUAGGUGACCAAAUAAUUAUUUUCCACCAUAAUUUUCAAAUAAAUUAAUUAAAAAUCCUACAAUGUGAAGUGUACCUAUGAUGAAAAUUUACAGGCCUCUCUCAUCUUUUUUAAGUUGGAGAACUUGCACAAUUGGUGGCUGACUAAAUACUUUUUUGCCCCACUGUAUAUAGUUUAUAUAUAUAUAUAUAUAUAUAUUAUAUAAAAAAAAAUAUUAUCAUUUUAAUUGUGCCCAUUAUGUGCAUUUCCAGUAAUACCCAGUAUGGUACAGAAAAGGUGUGACAUUGUGAAAAUCUUAAUACUACCCAAAAUUACCCCUCGCCCAUAUAAGGCUCUGCCUUAGUUUAGUUGCAGAAUACAUUUCGUUGGUCUUUAUUUUGUUGUGUGUAUUUUACUGAAGCAAAGACUGUUUACAAAUUCAACUGUCAGAGUCAAAAAAUGAUGGUAGUUAUGCAUCUUGUUUGUUGAAACGGGCAACAUUAUAGAAGCCUUGGUCCAUAGGGAUUCUCAAGUCAGAUAUUGACAGACUAAAAGAAAAUGGAUAUUCGUUAAGAAUGUUUUUGGAAGCACUUCUCAUAGAAAAACAGAGGAGAAUUGGAAUUUCACUUUACUUCCUGAAUUGAAAUGGAAUUGACCCCAACACUACUUUUCAGACGGGUUUUCGAUAUCCAGUCCCCGGUUGUGUGUACAGGGAAUGUAUUUUAUACAACCGUCGUGAUGAUAACUAGAUGUUUGUUGUGAGAUAGACAGCACAUGUAUGUUGCAUUGAUGUCUGACUAUCCAUGUACUUUGUCUGUUUAACUCUACGUGGAUCUUUAUUUGAAAAGUACAUUUUAUAUUCUUCUGAUUCUGAAGGACCAUACAUUUAUUUUUUGUGGUUUACAACAUUGUUUGACUGUGAACUCUUGUGUAUUAAUCUGUUAAUUAAAUUGUAUUAGGUUCA